UAACCGCUACACUUCCGCUCCCCACACACUCUAACACACAUACACACACACACCCACCACCACCCAGCCAUCAACACACGCGCGCUCAUAAACGCACUCACGCAGUUGAUCAAAUAACUUUUAUGCACUGAAGCCCCGCAUCGCAAGCAAAGCAACGCACAGAUCAAGUUUAAUGCCCCCCCCCCUCCACCCCCAUGUUAUGCACCCCAUGCGAACAUUCAUCAGACCCUCCCAUCACGCUCAGUCACUCACCCAAUGCAGUCACACCCAGUCAGCCAAUAAGCCAUUCAAGCCACUCACCCAAUCAGCCACUCUUGUCAGCCAACCCCACCCGGCCAAGCCGACACCCAGUGCCCACCCCUCUCAUCACGCCCACCAGAUACGCAUGCCGUCUCAGCUGUUCGUCGCGGUAGGGCAGCGAUUUAUUGAUGCGCCGACUUUACAGCCAGCCAGCCCGCCUCGAGUCAGCCGUUCAGCCAUCGGGCCAAGCAAUCAGCCAGCCAGGCCAGGCCCAAGCGAGCCCACUCGGCCAGACCCGGCUAUUCCGCUCGCGCAAGCGACCGCACAUCCAGCCAGCCAGCCAGUGAGAGAGUCAAGCGGCUGACACCCGCAGAAAGUUUGAGCUCUGGGCGGUGAUUACGGCAGCGGCGGCACUGUUGCUGUGACUGCCGCUGCUGCUGCUGCUGUUACUGCCGCUCCCGUUGCUGCUGCUGUGACUGCCGCUGCUGUGACUGCCGCUGCUGCUGCUGUUACUGCCGCUGCUGUUGCUGCUCCUGUUGCUGCUGCUGUUACUGCUGUUGCUGCUGUUGCCGCUGCUGACCGUCGCUCCCUCCGCUCCCCCGGUCAGCGGUGGAAUUCUAUCGUGCGGACACCGCGGAAGGCGCGCGUCGCUCACGAACGCGCGCGUCCCACGCCGCUCGCGUUGGGAGGUCAUCAAGAGAGUGCGUGGCGAGGUGGUGGUGGGGGGGGGGGGCUGGGCACCCCCACGCUGAUGUACGUCGGCGAAACAUCCCCCACUGCCGAGUGCUGCUGCUGAUAUCGCCACGUAGCGAAGGGCGACCGGGGAAGUGGAGUGAGUCGCGAGAAUUCAGCUCACGGCAGUGUCUCGGGCGCGUGUCGAUAGCUCGCUGGCUGGGCGCAAGUCCCGUAGCGAGUGCGUUUCUUCGCUGGAGCAUAACACGUGCAGCGAGUUGCUCCCCGUGCGUUCGCUCACGUCGGAGGUAGCGAGCGAGUGGCUCUUUGCCGUGAACCUUAAACACACACCCCACCCACUCACCUACCCCAGCCACCUCGCCCCGACACAUACCCAUCGCCUCGACAACAAACGCCGGCAAACCAACCAUCCGGAGUCUGCUCGCUCACUGCUCAGCGAACACAACGCAGGCUAUGAGCAGUGGAGGAUGGAGUUCCCGGGCCACGGCGAGCGGCUGCUGCGGGGCCUGAGGCAACAGCUGCUGCGCGGCUUCCUGUGCGACGUGACGGUCCGCGUGGGGCCCGCUCACUUCCGCGCCCAUCGAGCCGUCCUCGCCGCCUGCAGCCUCCACUUCCAGCUGUCGUGCCGCGCCGGGCACCGCGCGGUGCCCGGCCCCGGGCCCACCGAUCGUUCUGCCAAACGCGAGCGCUUCGACGGGGACAGUGACGGCGGCGGUGACGGCGGCCUCGGCGCGGGGGUGGACGAGAAGGUGGUGGCAACCGGCGAGAGGCGCAGAGUGAAAUGGGAGAGGGCGGAGCUGGACCACGACGCCCAAAAUCGCUGCCGCCGCCGCCCCCCCGUUGACGAGGGGUAUGGCUGCCAAGGUGCGUGGCCUCGACGGAGCGACGGCUUUCUCCUGCACGGGGCCGGCGGAGGGAACCAGCGGCCACACGCCGUUAGCGACGGCAUCGACGACACGGCAGCGGCGUUUCGGGUGCGCCUAGAGGACGAGCGUCUCGGCAGCGCGGAGAGCGCUGGCGAGAGCUGCCGCAGGCGAGACGAGGCGGAGCGCGGACCGAGGCACGAGCGCUUCAGAGAGGAGCGCCUCCCGGGCGGCAGGGUGGCCAAACGCGAGUGGCAGAACGGCAGCGAGAGGCGCGGCGGGGAGGAAGGCGGCAACGGCCGCGGGGACGGGGGCGGCGUGGGCGAAAGGUCCCCGUGCCUCCGAGGCGGCGACGGAGACGCGCCGAGCGGCGUCGUUCCUGACGACGCCCGCCUCGUCAACGGCUGCGGGCCGACGGAUCGGCCGUCAAGGGAGACGGCGGGGAAGCGAGACACGCCCCGCCAUCGGGGUGCUGGGACGCCACAUGAAUCGGAGCACGGCGACGGCGUGACGGGGGAGUGCCGGCCCGUCGCCGGCUCGGAGGGCAACCCAGACCACGCCUGCGUCAUCGACCUCAACCCGGAAAUGGUGACGCCCUCGGCGUUUGCGAUCCUCCUCGACUUCAUGUACCAGGGCAGCCUCAGGGUGGACGCCCUGCCGCCCGAGGACCUGCUGGCGGCCGCCAGCUACCUGCACAUGUACGACGUGGUGAAGGCGUGCAGCCAGCAGCUGGCCUACCAGCAUGUAGGCCGGCCGGCGGGUGAGAAUCACCUCUCCGGGCCGGACGGCACCUGCCGUGAAGACGACAAUGGCAGGGGUGGAGGCGGUACCCGCUGGUCAAGCAGAAAUGGCCGGGGCUUUGAGGAGGACGGCUUCAAGGGGGAAGCGGAGAGCGGGUCCUACCACCACCUCCACCAUCACCACCAUCUCCACCUGCUACACAAGGGCGUGGAUAUCAAGGCAGAGGCUCCGCCAUCCAGGAGGAUGGAGGAGCCGGACAAGGUCUUCAACGGGAAGUUUCCUGGGGGAAGCCGGAACGAUGUGGAGCGCUGGGCCAAGGCUUCUCCGGCGACGAGCAACGGCAGCGACGUGGAGAGUGACCACGCGCUGGACUUGUCCUUCAGGCCGGUGCUGCCCACCCGCUUCCCCUCCCCUGCGUGGCACGUGGAGGCCGAGCGGCGCCGCAAGCCGCUGCCAUGCGCCGUCAAACUGGACCGGGAGGCCGCCGAGCCCGAGGAGGAUGAGGAGGGGCUGCAUCCACAUCCGCCGCGGUACGAGAGCGUGGUGAGGAAGGCCGGACCCGCCGCGCCACUCGGAGGCAGCAUUGGCGGCGACGGUGGCGGCAGUGGUGACGAGCGUGGCUCCUCGCCGACGGAGACGGAUGGCAGCCCCCGCUCCGACGCCAGCAGCGUCGGCGGCGGCGGCGGCGGGCCCUGCGCGGCAGGGAUCGGCAGACAGAGCCACGAACUGGUGGCGGCGGGAGGGGCGCCUGCGGAGGCGUUUGCCUACGCCCUGCCGUUCGUAUCCGCCGCGGCCGCGGCCGCGGCCGCCGCGGCCGGCGUGUUCGCCUGCCCCCUCUGCAGCUGCAUCUUCCCGGCGCCGCAGCUGCUGCAGAUGCACCUGAGUGCCCACUUCUGCGACACGGACGCCCGGCGCUGCGGGAAGGCGGCGUCGCUGCCACGCGGCGGCGGCCAGUUCGGCUUCGGUGGCGGUGGAGGGGGAGCGUCGGGAAACGGGGCGAGUGGCGUCGGCGCAUCCGGAUCCGGUGUGGGGACGCCCACGUGCUCGCAGUGCGGCAAGACGUUCUCGUGCGCAUACACGCUGCGGCGGCACGAGCGCACGCACUCGGGCGAGAAGCCGUACACGUGCGCCACGUGCGGCAAGAGCUUCCAGUACUCGCACAACCUGAGCCGGCACGCCGUGGUGCACACGCGCGAGAAGCCGCACGCCUGCAAGUGGUGCGAGCGGCGCUUCACGCAGUCGGGCGAUCUCUACCGCCACAUCCGCAAGUUCCACUGCAACCUGCUGUCGAGCGUCGCCGCGGCGCAGUGAGAGCGGUUGAGCGUCGUGCGCCGCGUACGCGCGCCGGUGCGGUGUACGUAUGCAAGCGGCGAGCACGCCGGUAGUGCGGUAGCCGUCAUCGUAUUUAUGUUGUUAUUUCUUUCGCAAAGUUCGGAAGGCAGCACGCGCGCGCGCGCGCACGGCCGGUAAAGUCCACGCGCUCGCAUUCACCGGUUAAUUGUGACGCGUUUGUUUUGAGAACAAAACGCACGCGUGCGUGCGUGCGUGCGUUUGUGUGUUCUUUGUGUAUGUGUUUGGGGAGAGGUGGUGUAGUGGUUAGCGCGCUUCGAACCCGGCGACUCGUGUUUGAUUUACGCUCACGGU